AUUUCAACAAUAUGUUAAGCCUCAUUUUUUAAAGUCAUUUUUAUGCACAUGUUCUCUGGAAUAGGCAUUCAAGGUGACUGCUUGAUUAAGUGCCUUCUGUUGCUACAACCAUAGUAAAUCCACAGAGGUUUUGCUCAUGCCAAGAAUUUAAGGAUAUUUCAGCGCACUAUGCCAAUAUGUCACCUCAUAGAAAUGUAUGUCAUUUCCAUGGUUAUGGCCAGACAAUCUGUAUUAUGUAGGCUAAGUCAAAAGGCUUAAAGCAGCAUAAUGGAUGGGGUUUACUGCUCUAAAACAAACUUUCCAAGUCCCCCUUGUCCUUAUGUGUAUGUGCUCUGUGUUUGUGCUAUGCUGGGGUUUUCCCUGCUUAAUGAAAAAGUCCCGUUAGUAGUGCAAACUCUUCAAGUCGGCAGUAAUUAUCUUUUCAAAGUAUAUUGUGGAUGACUUCUAGAAAAAAACAAACAAACAGUUUAAGUGCAUAAGCUAUGAUUUUAAGGACUCCCAUCUGGAGAUGUGUCUAUAACAGUAGCAGUUUGAAAGCUUUCCAGGAGUUUUCCUAUGGGAUCCACCUGCGUCACCGUCAGUAAGCUCCAUUUCCACCAAAUGCUCACUGUUCAUUUCCUUAUAGGGGGAGCUUCUCCAGUCGAUAUCUUUAAUUGCUCCUGGGUUGUAUCAAUACCUUCCGGUUUUGCUGCUCCAUCACGAGCCACUGGGAACGGGUUGCCCGGGAAACGGCCGCAUGGCAACAGGAUCAGAGCCUGGGGGUUGUCUGCUUCUAGGUCUGCUCCCAUUUUACAUCGCAUUUCCUCACUAGAUGGUGUGCAAGCCACUGGAGAGUACACUUCCCCGCACAGUGAGCUCUACAUCCAGCCAAACAAACCUGGGAAACUAUACAGCGGAUCGUUUAUUCGCGGGGCUCCGCAAAAGUGUGGAAAUAAAACGUCGUUCGCGUUAAGGUUCUCCGUUUUUUUUCUUUUGAAGCUAGCCCAGUUCGCUUUUCUUUUCUUUCUUAACAACAAGAAGACUUGGGAAAAGCGACAACAAAAACACAGCUGUGAUGGACAUAAUGACUGCGGUGCAGGAUGCUUGUGUCUCUGGUCAGUGGCUUACUGCGAUAAUUCUCAGCCUGUGCUGCUUUCUGCCGUCCUGCUUGCCCGCUGGACAAACUGUGGACUAUUCCUCGGUUGAAAGUGUGGUCAGCAGACAAGGCGACACGGCACUACUGAGGUGCUACCUGUUGGAUGGGAUCUCUAAAGGAGCCUGGCUGAACCGCUCAAGCAUCAUAUUCGCAGGGAAUGACAAGUGGUCUGUGGAUCCACGUGUGUCCAUAGUGUCCAGUGUUGGAGACAAACAUGAGUACAGCCUUCAGAUACAGAAAGUGGAUGUAACUGAUGAUGGCCUAUACACAUGCUCGAUUCAGAGUGAGCGUAACCCACGGCCAAAGCUCCUCAACCUUAUUGUAAAAGUUCCUCCCAAGAUAUAUGACAUUUCCCCUGACAUCACGGUAAACGAGGGCAGCAAUGUGUCUCUCAUCUGCACAGCCAGUGGGAAACCUGAGCCAACCAUUACCUGGAGACACAUAACCCCAUUAGCCAGGAAGUAUGACAGUGGCGAAAAUCUUAACAUCACUGGGAUCACAAAGGACCAGGCUGGAGACUACGAAUGCAGCGCUUUAAAUGACAUUGCCUCUCCCGACACCAAAAGAGUAAAAGUCACAGUCAACUUUGCCCCAUCUAUCCACGACAUAAAGAGCCAUGGAGUCGGUCUGGGACGCACAGCCCUGCUAAGAUGUGAGGCUGCUGCAGUGCCUUCUCCAACAUUUGAGUGGUACAAGGGUGAAAAAAGGAUUAUCAGGGGUCAGGGCAUCGACAUCAAGAGCCUCAGCUCCAGAUCAGUCCUCACAGUCACCAACAUGACAGAGGAUCGUUACGGGAACUACACGUGCGUCGCCUCCAACAAGCUAGGGACGGCUAAUGCCAGCGUGCCUCUCAAUCCAAUUAUUGAACCCACCACCACUAGUGCUGUCUCAAGCCCAGCGCCCAACACUGCACCCUAUGGGAGCACAGGAAGUGCGCACAUCCCGCUGGCCUGCCGGUACCUGGUCAUGGCUCUCUCCUCCUUCAUCAGCGUGUACUAGCAGAGGCCAGCCCAGACACAAUGACUGUCGAGAGCAUUUAUGAAUCCUUUUUGACAUUGCUGAUGGCUGGAAUCCAAUCUGGUACAGUUUGUUGAGCUGUGGUGGGAAAAUAAUCAGCGUUACUUUUUGUGUGGGGAAAUGGUUUUUUUUUCCUUUUUUUUAAUCUUAUUUUCUUAUUUGGUGAAAUUUCUGUCAUGUAAAUACUAUGAUGUUUUUUAUUAUUAUUAUUAUCAUUAUUAUUAUUAUUAUUUCCUCUUUAUUAUUUUUUUUCCUUUUCUGAUUGAUUGACCAGCUUGUGAAUCAGUGCUCAUCCCCAACCCCCACACCAAUCAACAGCCCCACCCUCCCCCACCCCUCGAACCUUUCAAAUGAGUUACUUUCAUGCAUCUUUUCCCUGCGAGGCGAUGGCGCAAAAUUGACAUCUUCACCCGUUUUUGUACACGACUAAAAAAGAAGCAAUUCCGCAAAGUCUCUCAGUACAAAGAAUUACCAUACCAAUGUUGUAUUGAAUGUAUUACCGGCUGUUGAACAAAGGAAAGACAUUUAGAUUCCUAACAAUACAAUUUUUGAUCAUGGAGUGCGCUAAAAAAAAAACACAGUUAAAAAACAACAAAAAACCAACAACAAAAUAAUAAAAAAAAAAAGGCAGGGCGUUUUCAAGACCUGUAUUAUCACGAUUACUCAAUAGAAUGAUGAACAGUGUUGAAGGUGUGUUUGUCGUAUCCUGAAAUGGGUCCUUCAGUUGCUAUGCCUGCCUAACCGCUUCAAUCAGGCAGCCGUCAAAAGUAGCAAAAUAUACUGUAUUGUAUCUUUAUAUUUUAAUAUAGCGUAGGCUUUUGUUUUAAAGUGGGACCAGCUUUUCUCAUUCGACCAAGAGCAUUAACACAAACCAUGACUUUGUACGCUAUGAAAGGAGGAACAUCGCCGCCCCAUGUUUACAUUUUUCUUGAAAAUAGAAAUAAAAAAGUAUAUUCUCUGUUUUUUUCCUUCUGUUUUGUCUUGCUUUUUUUUCUUCAGCGAGUCAGUGUAUGUGAAGAAUAUGACAAAUUGUUGCAGUUAGGAAAAAGGCGAGGCCCAAGUUGAGCUGCUUCUUUCUUUUUAGUUUGCGCUCCACCUCCAGUAGGCAUCAGGGCAGAGCACUUUGUCUCUGAAUUCGCUGCGUACCUACUGAUCAUCUUUGGCUGAAAACCCACAGCUCCAUACUGUAGGAUCGGUUUUUUCGCCCCCAACUUUGGGUAUGAAACUUGGAUAAUGGAGUCUGGGAAAGCACCGUUCUGCUGCACUGCAUUUUAUUACUCUCCUUUCCAGUGCAGAGAAUUAAAUGCAGAAAUACGCCCCGCUCUCUUUUUUUUCCCUUCAAAUAAAGAGUCAAAGCCAUAUUUGGCUAAGUGCAUAAUCUACAAAAAACCUACAAUAAUUGCACCUUUUGCAACUUUAACUUUUUUUCAUGUUAUUCAUGAUGAAGAGAAGAUGCUCAUUACCAAACAAACAUGGCCUAAGGUGCUACCAGCCCUCUCCAAGAUGAUCAAGGUUAACAAAGAGAUGAUCAGUGUGCAUCGGAGGUCAUUUAAAUUCAGCCUAACAGCAGAAACUGUAACUUUUCAAGGCUUAAAAUCAGUGUUUGCUUUUAGACAAGGCUGUCAGCGUGGCAUAUUCAUCCUCACGUAUCCUUAAUUCAUGGUUGAAACAGAGAAACUGUACUGUGAUGCCUUAAUAGUACCAUAGACAUUAAAUUACCCUCUUUUUGAAAGGACGCUUGGAGAGAAUCUCAAUAUGACACAACUUGUUUGUCAUUUUGACAUAUUAUUGAUGACUGAAUGUUCAUGAACCAUUAGCUGACUUAUCUGUUAAAUUAGGCAUUAUAUUCAGUCAAAUCCAACCGAUGGCUCCUGCAGGUAUUUUCAAAUAAGUCAGUUGUACAAAUGCAGUAUUUCCGGUCCAAAUAACGCGUUCGGAUUUGGACCGAACAGUGGAGGGACUAACAGCAUUCAAGUUCAGAGUAUUUUAAGACAGCAAACUUGCAACUGCAAAUCUAUAGAAAAAUAGCCAUCGCAGUUAAAAGACUUAAAGCACAAACAUUAUUAUUUGAACGUUUUGUGGUGAUUUGUUUUGAGGUCUGCUGAGCUUUUCUGUUGUUUCCUUUUCCGUUUCUUUCUUUUAUUGUUUGUACUAAAGUUGUUAUCAGCUUGUUUUACAAAUUAUAAAAAUACUGCACCAUAUGAUCUUGUUUAAAUGUUAAGGUAUAAUGAAAAUGGGUCAGACGUAUAUUUAUUCUCUUCCUUUAUGAAAACAAUGUAAAAAAAUACAUUUGAAACAUGUAAAACUGAAUAUGUGACAUUUAUUUGAAUGAGGCACAGUAUGGCAUAGUUUAUAAUGUUGUCUGGUUCAUUUAGAUGCCAUAACUGUUGUUGAUUUAAGUACAUUAAAAGAACAAUGUUUGCAAUCAAAUUACCUACUUUUUGAAAGAGAGAGGGUGUGAACCAAUAUAACAGUAUUAUAGAACAGAGUCAAUGUGUGUAUAUUUGGAGAAAAUAUGAUACCUUUUGAUCUUUAGAGCCAGUGUGUAGUCAUAGUUUCACACACUUGCGUGUUUGACGAUGUGCAGAGAGUAUGGUUGUGCUGCAUGUCAAAGUUAACCUGUGUUUUUGAGGUGGGCAUUUUACAGAUAUUCAUACUUUUUAUGACUGGAAGCAGUUUUUUCCAAACGUUUGGUUCAUAAACCUGGUCUAAAAAGACAUACCUCUUACAGAUUGCCAGGCUAUGUUUGUUUGUGAUUUCUUUCGAUCGACUUUGCUGAUAAACUAAAAACAACUGCUGUUCAGAGUCAUGAUGAUUAUUGUGGCACAUUGGUGACAGUCUGGAGUUAUGUUGGUUGCUUGUUAAGCAGUUAAAACCAUGCUAGUAUUCCAUAUGAAAUGUAAUGGAUGUUGAUUAUUUUCAAUAAUGGUAUUAACAAGUCCCUUUUAUCAAAUCAAUAUUAUUUGCAAUAAAAGUCUUCAUGUUACAAGAUAAAGCAACAUCUGACUUAAUGAGCGCUCAAGAGGAGUUUUUCAUUGUUACUUCAUGAUGUUUUGAGAGUAAAGGUAGCUGAGACAGCAUCCUCACAGCGUACGCCGGCCCGUCGCUACAACCUCACUGCACGUCAUUUCCCCCCAUGAAGCAGAUUUUUUCUUAAAGCGUUCGGCAAAACUACAAAAUGAGCUUAAAUGCUAAGUUGUAAACAUUCGCCAAAAGCUCGUGUGGGUUGCACCAGUUUGUAAAUUUGCUAUGUUUGCAUUUAAAGUCUUUCAUAGUAACAGACAUAAACUUGUCAAUAAAAACCGGCAUAGCCUUUGUUUUCCAAUAGCAUAGAAGUCUGUGGCAAAAUGACCCAACUUCUCACUUGUUUUAUGACCACAGUAAACUCGUCAGGUUAUGGUCUCUGUCACUAGUUCUUCUUUGAUGUAUCGUGACUUUUAUUUUAUAAAGUAUGGUCCCAUUUAUAGUAAACUAGAUGGUUAAGCAAUUCGUGUUCGGUAACUACGGUUUUGCAGUGUUAUUGGGUUUGCAGUCAGAGCCACUCUUCGCCAAUCAGGUUUCUAAACACCAACCUGGCCACAGCUAAAAUGACCAAGCAGUGGGUGUACAUCUUUUAUUUACAGUUUCCAGCGUGAUGUCACCCAUCAGUCUGUGAAGUCCCGAAUCGAGUGUUUUCGCCCUCUUGGCUGCAAAAAAAGAAAACGUGAUGAGGAAGGGCAGGUCUGGCUGUGAAACCUUAUGCUUAUUAGCUAAUAACUUGUGAUUGACAGCUUGUUAGCCAGUUUCAGACCACACCUCCAUUUUGACACAUAGUAUGAGAUAUAAGAUUUACAUCACAAAUGUAAUUUUUUAUUCUUUAUAUUCCGCAACGAGUGACUGAGCCCAUAAACUCAGCAAAAAAGUGUUUACAGAGGUCAAAACAGAAAGCCGUUUUCCUGUAGAUGUCUAUUGGACCAGAUGUCUUUUUGCUACCACAGCCAUCGCCAUCUGGUGGCCUUCAGAUAGAAUGCAGGUUUAAGGAACUUCUGCACUGGUUUCAUUUUUCCAACACAGAUGCUAUGUCCAUGGUUUAUACCAUCCAUGGUUUCACUGCAUCCUAAAUAUUGUUUUCUCUUUAAUAUCUUAUUUUAGUUUUUUUUAUGUACGCAUUUUCGGAUUGGGAUGGGUCUGGAUCAGGUGGUAUGGCGGGUCACCUAUCACUCAGAAGGUCAGUGGUUGGAUCCCUGACUCCUCAAGUCCAUGUGCCAAAGUAUCCUUGGGCAAGAUACUGAACUUCAAGUUGCCCCCAAUGCAUCUGUCAGAGUGUGAGUGUGGUUGUGAAUGUUAAAAAGCACAGGGGCACAUAGAAAAGCACUGUAUGAAUGUGUAUGUGUGGCUGGAGUAGGAAGCUCUUUCAGUGCACAACCAAGUAGAAAGGUGUUAUUUAAGUACCCGUUAAUUUACAAUAUGUUCACAUUGUAUGUAGUUCUUCAACUUAAGAACUAGCUUUCAUGAUAUUGCCCAUUCUAGCUAAAAAUUGGACUUCAAGCAGUUGGUGCACCCAAAUAUGUGCUCUCAAAUGAGUGAAGACUGAUAAAACACAGUAUAAUGUGUUUUAAGUGCACAUAAUCCAGCUCAAUAGCAGUUUCUCAUGUGAUGCUAUGAUACAACCACUAGUCCCAAGGAAAUAAUCAUUGUUCCCCAACUGGUUGGCAAGUGAUUCUUGGGAGUUAUUUGCUGUCGCUAGGUGAAAUUGGUGGAAAGAUUGUGCUGCACCAGAUAAAAAUCUCCUUAACUACCAACUACAGCUGACUAGCUGAUUGGCAGUAAAACUUGAAAAAGUGCAACAUAAACUGAACAGAAAAAGCUAAGCUUCACUGCUGCAGCCAGCAGUGACAGGUCUGUGUGACGCUGGCUUUAGCAGUCAGUUUCCCAGCAACUGCCAUCAACAACUCUCCAACCAACUGGGAAAUACUCAUUUUUUUUCCUCACAACCAGUGGUCCUCAUUCGCUUGAGGCUACAAUGUUACCAUGAUUAUCACACACCCAAAAUAGCAAGGAAGCUAAUGCCAGGUGGUUAACAAUCAUGUGUCAGUUAAAGCUAAUUUCUCUGUAGCUCGAUAGCUAGCAAGUGACACUAAAACAGUCAAUCUUCCCCAAAAUGCUUUAAAAAUCACACAUAUUUAAAUCACUUAAAUCUGUCUUGAUAAGUCAAAACAGAGUAGAUGUUUGUUCUGUCACUCUGUGAAACUGUAGCUAACAUCAGCUAACGUUACAUUAGCCAUUGCUAAUGUUUAGAUUUGUAUGCACCUCACCCCUAGCUUCCAUUAUCUGUCUGUUAAUGCAAGUUAGUUUAAUAUUAUUCUGUUUGUACAUCUUGUCAUUUAGUGUAUUUCUUCCCUUCUAAAAGAGACCUGCUGGAUCCGCCCUGGCGUAAACAGGUUGUGGUUGAGCAAGGUUUUUUUUUUUAAGUUUCAGCUCAAAUUAACAAUCAUUGUAUCAAUCAUUGCAAAUGUGCAGCAUCAUGCAUAUUUGAUCCCCUCCCUUCCUGCCUCAAUCACUGUACAAAGCCUCCUGAGCACAGAUCGCCAGACUCCACAGCACGCAGGAUUAGCCACCUUUUGCGCUGCAUCAUCAUCAUCACUGACUGGCAUGCAUCGCUCAGUAUACGUGAUCUGGAGACAUCAGCGGACAUAAGUCACCGCUCAUUCCAUUCGAUAUGCACCUGUGCUACUUUAUACCUUUUUGGAAAUAGCACGGAGCUUUCUAGUAUUGUAUGACCCGAAUACACUCUUUACUAAAACAUCCACGGUGUGACCUACCUCUUAAAAGUUCAGAUGAAAAAGUCGUGCUGAUGUACAAGCUGAAAAGAGGCCAUGCCACCCACCUGCAGAGAUCACUGCCUCACCUCACGCUCCCAGCUGACAGCGGAGGCAAAAAAAUCUCUCCACUUUUUAAAUUUAAGAUAAGAGGAUUUUAAAUAUUCAUGCUAGCGCGUAUUAUUAUGGCCCCGCAAUCCCUAUCCUGAAUUUUUAAAUUUCCCCAUUUGAGAGCAUCCUCUUCCUCUCACCGCGAUGUAUCAGAAAUGCACUGCUCUCUGUGAAUGCACUUAUUAUGAGCUCGAGUUUGUUGCAUUGUGAGACAACAGCUGUUGAAAGUGAGUCUCUGAGGGGGGACGAGUACUGUACUGAAUGUGCCUUCAAAGUAUGCUAUUAAUCAGCUGAAAGCUAUAACCCAGCCCUUAUUUAGAGCAUUACUGCCAUGACAAAUGUCAUAUUUCUUUACACUGGCUGUUUUAUAACACCAGCCAAUCAUUCCACUUUAACAAAGACGCAACCAAUGACCACUCACACUUAUAACUGAGAUCCUCUGUAUUUGUACCCCUUGACAGUACUCACCCAUAUAAUGUACAACACAAAAAACAAUGAGUCCAACAUGGUUUGAAAUGUCACGAUAAUCACAAUAAUUCUGAUUAGCGAAUAGUUCGGUGUUGUCGUGUGUUUAUCUUCCAGGGUCUGGAUAUCAUGGCGUCAAACUGCACACAGAUUGUUUUUACAGCUAGUUAAAGGCACGUUUUUAAAUCUUCCCUCCUUUUUUGACAUACUGUGCCUGACUCUAUUGUAACUUUCCUGAUGCUUUAAAAACAGCGAGGAGGAUUUUGUGGAUCAUGUGCGACUGUGGAUGUGAGACUUGGGAAACAUCGUGACUCAGACUGCUGUGACACUCUGAGACAGCGCGUUACUGCCGAGUGCAUACACUGUACAUGUCACCGGUAAGAGCAGGGAGGAGAGGCAAUAGAUUGUAAGUGGCAUGUAUGGUCUUAAAUGACAAAUGUGGGGGGAAAAUACCUGACAAUGAGUUAGUUUGCGUUGAUACAGCUCCUCAACCUAUCAGUGCAUGUUAUGACAUUAAGAUGAGUAUUUGCAGUCCUGCAAAUUCAUCCAUAUAUAUAUAUAUAUAUAUAGGUGGAUGCUGUGGAGUGUGGAAGUGAUUAGGAUGGUGUCAAAGUGGUUUUUUAGACUCUUCGCAAAGACAUCUGUGGACAGCGCGAACAGAGAGGAGAGUCUGGAGGACUUGUGAGAGACAGGGGUUCCUCCUGACCUCGCGGUUAAUGAAACCCUUCCUGUGCCUUUGUCAGUCUUAACUGGGAGAUUGUGUCAUACUACAUGCUGGGGCUGCUGCUUGGCUCCUGCAGUCUCCAUCCCAUUUCCCUGAGCAGCAUACUGAGUUGUCAGUAUCAAAAAAACCUCUGUUUCCUGAAUGCAUUCAGUUUGGUAGAUAUGUUUGUUGCACAGCAGGCAAAUGCUAUCCCUCCUGUCAAAACCAGGCAGAAAGGGGGGGGGGGGGGCUUGAAUAUCUUUCUCUAUAACCAGCCUCUGAGUAAGUUUGAGUCUAUUCUAAAGGGAAAAGGGAACAAUAGUCAUCUUUUUGUCAAAAUAGGCCUGUUUCGUUUCUCUCAAACAUUUCAAUAUCUGCUCAAACUGAGUAAUUUCUGACUGAUGGGACUCCUUUAAAAUCCCUCUGAAAUGUGGCAGGUGCCAGUGUAGUGGAGGGACAUGCUAUUUUAAAUAGAGGGUGCAUCAAGUAUUUGUCAACCUGUCCCUCAUUAUUUCCAGUGAACUGGAAAAUAAGUUGCCAGCCAAUGAUGCAGAGCCUGAGAUAAUGCCUAGGUUUUAAAGCAAGCUAUCUGAACCAGGUCUCUCCACGACGCCUAUGACUGAAUCACACACCGCAAAGUGUUUUCUCAUGAAGCUCCCGGGCAAUUGUCAUUUUUCAAGAAGAGUUGAAAGGAUUGCUAUAGAGAAAAUGUCAUUAUUUGACUGACAGUAAAUGUAAUCCCUUUUUAUUUGUUUUCACGCUUCAAAAGGCAGAUUACGCGUAGUUUUAUACACUGAAUGACACAGCAAAUCAGUCCCUUGUAGCGCCGGUGCAUCAUGUGUCUCCAGUGUUGUAUUGGUUUAAAUGGUACGGGGUGCAGCAUUUACACUGUUUGUCUCUGUAAAUUAAAAAUGUUUACUCAUGCCAUUGUUUUGAUUUCAUUUCAUUAUAAAAAAAUUGGAGGAUAUUGUAAGUUUUCUGUAUGUAUUUUAAUUUUAUUAUUAUUAUUAUUUAAAUCUUCAUGCUGAAAAAUCAUUUGAUGAGAAAUCUCGAAUGGAAAUGUUUACGUAAAUGUGUAUGAAGGUCCUUUAGCCACCAGGGGUAUAGUUGUACAUUUAUAGGGUCUAGAUCACUGGAAUUAUAUAUAUAUAUGGCUUUAAUUGGCAUUGAUAUAUCUAUAUAUAAUAUAUAUAUAUAUAUAAAUAUAUAUUGAUAUUUGUCCAGAAAUAAGAAACUCAUGUACUUCAGUUACUUUAAAGCUUACAUUGUGUAUAGCACGUAUGCAAGUCCCUUUUCAUCAUGUUUGAUGUAAUUUUGUAGCAGUGGUUUGAUACUAAUA